CACCGGAAGUCUGUUGACAUCAGCCGCCGCCUGGACUUCAGCAAUGAACGGGGCUGACAGGAGCUAUGUGGACCUCAGUAACGGUCUGGAGGAGGUGCCCAUCAUGAUUCUGCAGGACCGUCAGCCACUUCCCAAAUUUCAGUACUGUGCAGACAAUGUCCAGGGAGCAGGCUGCGCCGUUGACCCCAGUGAAGUCAACCUCCCUGGGUGCACAUGUCAGUCCCACUCCUGCUGCGGUGAUACCUGCUCAUGCUUGAAGGUCCACGGACCUGCGUACAACAGGGACGGCUCGUUGAUCAACAUCAGCAAGACGGACGCCGCCUACUGCGACCCGGUGUUCGAGUGCAACGCUGUCUGCACCUGUGGUGACGCAUGCUCCAACCGUGUGGUGCAGCGGGGCGUCAGACUCAAGCUAGAAGUCUUCAGCACCGGCACCCGAGGCUGGGGUGUGCGGACGCUCCAACCAAUCACACGAGGGAUGUUUGUCUGUGAAUACGCAGGUGAGGUGAUCGGAUUCGACGAAGCCAGGCGCCGGCAGCUGGCUCAGACACCUGAAGAUAACAAUUACAUCAUCGCUGUCCGAGAACAUUCAGGAACUGGAUCCAUCACAGAGACUUUUGUAGAUCCUGGGAUGGUGGGGAAUGUUGGUCGAUUUCUGAACCACUCUUGUCUGCCAAAUCUGUUCAUGCUGCCCGUCCGUGUGCACUCGGUGAUUCCGAGACUGGCUUUGUUUGCUGGCAGGGACAUUGACGCCAAAGAGGAACUGAUGUUUGACUACUCAGGAGGAUACAGAAACCAACCGUCCUGUGAGCCACAGUCCGCUCAGAGAGGCGGGGACAUUCAGGCCAGUAGGACUCCAGCACCCCAGAGGAAAGCUUGUCGCUGUGGAGCCAACAACUGUGCUCAGUUCCUCCCUCUGGAUUUAUCCAUUAUUAACUAAUCUAUCAAUGAUUUCCUGUUAUUGAAAUCUUUUUUUUUCCCCUGUCAGCUAUAUCACUCACUUAAAAGCACUUCCUGCUUAGUUUGCUGUAAAUUGAGUAAAAGUUCAUCAGCCAAAAACACGUUGGUUGAGCCGGACGUUACUAGCUCACCACUAAAACCACUGUAGAGCGCAGUGCAUCACUUUGUUGCUAGAAUGAACACAAACCAAUACUGAACCACUACUAGGUCAUAACCAUAUCUCACAAGUGCAAAACUUGUUUUGCCGUUCUCAUAUUCAUGUGUAUAGAGGUCAUGAAUUUUUGGCUAAACAUAUUCAUUUAGCUUGCAGGUGAGAAAUAAAGACGGAAAUGAAGAGUAAAACUGAGCCGAACUAUUGUGGUAUUGCAGACUCGACAAUCUCUCUUGCAACAUCAGCUUAAGAUUGAAGUGAUCUCAUAUGAUCAAACAAGCAGGAGAAGCUGCAAUUGUGACUUGAUUUAGAGUAAGCACUUUCCACAUAGAUGAAUUAUUUAUUUUUGUAAAUACGUAAUAUUAUUUGUGCACAUAUUUUAUAUAUUUAAUAUGCCUCUAUAUUUAAAUAAUGCAGGUUAAAUAUCAUUUGUAAGCACCAGGUUUGUCUUCAGGUGUCAAUUAAGUUUUCAAAACUGAAUCAGAACAACAUCACUUAUGCUAUUAUAUUGGUCAUAUACACGUAGUCACAGCCAAAACGUAAGGUUUGCAUAAGGCGCUGCAUAACUAACCCUGCUACCAAGCCAUACUCCACCAUCUUUAAUGUUGUACAAAAUAAAGCUGAGACAAUAUGACGUCAUUUGUGUCACAGUUGGAUGACACAUCUCUCGCUACCUUGAACAUACAUAUUUUUUUGCUUUACACUGGUUUAUACGCCAGUGUGUUCUCAGUUCUCAGUGUUCUCAACAAGAGAGUGUGAGUGUAGCAUCUGUCACCCCAUCAUCUUCUCACUCUCUUUAUGUAGAUAUUCUCAUCACCUCCAGGGACGUGUGACCAAUUAAAAAAAGACCCUGCGGGUGUUUUUGAUAUAGAAGCAGGUUACAUUCCCUCGCCGUGGGAGGGGCAGAGGUGUCCCACUUUACUGUGACCACUGGAAAUCAGGACCUUCUCUCCGCUAUCUGCUCCAUUUCUCGUCUAGACCUGCUUUCAUCUUAUUAAUACCCUCAUCUGGGUUAAUUAGGAUGGAGACUGAUGUCUCUUCAGAACUGGGACCAGCGGCUCUGCCUCACUGGGGGGACUGAGAGAAGUUGGUGGGUGGGCCCCGAAGAAUGGUAUUGAUCACUCUCCAGUCGAGUUAAAAGGUUUUUUCCGUUACGUUCGAGGGAGAACUGCUCUGCUGUGCUGUUGUAUCGACCCAGAUUUCUCCUCUCGGUCCACCAUGGUUUCUGUCUGCUGGUGAAAACAUUAAGAGCUUGCUCAAGUUUAGGAAACUGAUGUGUUUUUUCUGGAUUUUUAUGAACCAUUUAUUCAUUGUCAUGUUCUCUGGUGAGGUCAACAUUGAUCUCCAAUUUAAUCCAGUAUUUAUAACAUAGCCUCCAACCAACAAUAUUGCCAUCACUACUUGUGCUUGUACUACGCAUCAGCUGUAUACUAGCCUCUAAGUUCACUGUAGACAACACCAUACUUACUGAUUAUUAAGCAGGUAUUUAUUACCCAGUCUGAAGUGUUACAACCCUUUUUUUUUUUUACAAAAUGAAUUAUUAGUUUUUAGGUUAACAUUUUAUCUGUCUGUUUUCUUUCCCCCUUUGCUUCUAAUAGUUACAUCAAAGGUUCAAACUAGAAUAUAGUGGGGAGAAAAUGCCUUCUUAUAAUCACAGAAUCUGACACCAAACUAUUCCCCCCAUAAACAGGUGACGAUGUUCAAAACUUUUAUAUAGAAAGAAAUAAUGUAUAAUAAAACAUAUUUGAAGCACGCAGACAUCACUCCAUCCUCUUUCCCCUAUUUUUCAUCCUUGUUUUAGAAUUUUCUAGUAACUGAAUUGAAGUUUUUUUCUGUCCUUUUGGCUUGAUGGUUACCCACAACAGUCCCAGCAUGUAAUGUGGCUCCUUGAGAAAUUGAAAUGCGCACCCCUGGAUUAAAAGUGUUCUCAAACAUUACUGCAUAGAAAUGGAUCAACCUGGCUGUAAUGUUAUUCGACUGAAUGUCGGUGUUCAAGUGCUGCCAGAAUCUGAGAGGGACGGACAUCUGGGAUGAAUCAUGAGGAGGACAAUCUGUACUUACAACCACGUUAGUUUCAAUCCAUACAGUUAAAAGCCUGUGCACAAACAAAUGGCUUCUUUCCCGGAAGGUCACCAAGCAACCACCCGUUAAUGACCUGAGAUCAACUGAUUGUAUCCGUUGUUCAGUCCAGAAAGGUUGCUAAAGAACAUUUGCUCGACCACUGUGGUUUUCCCACAUCAAGGAAAGAAGAUUUAUUUAUUUAUUUUUGUCAUGUACUUUUCCCAAAUUUAACCAAGCUUUCCUUACCAAAUGAUCUAUUACAUUUCCAUAAAGAUGAACUAAUGAUGAUUUAUUCUAUCUAUUGGAAGAGGAAUUAAUCCAAAGAAAGGUAUAAAAAAAAUACAAUUCCACUGCCUCUCAACCCAGGAUCGCCAAGGCAAACAGAUGACUGUUCAGAUGAAUGGCCUUAACAGCAGGAGAGAUUAAAGAAAGAAAUUCAGUUUGCUUGAAAAUGAAUAUUCAUAAUUGUAGAUUUAAAAUAUAUAUAUUUUCCCAUUGUGGGAAGAAUGAAGGCAGUCUUAAAGUAUCUAAAUAAAGCCUCAAUUAAGCCUAAUCUUUUAUCUUAAAGUUAGAAAGUUAAAGUUAAAUUGAAGUAAUUAAACCUAUAGCAAUCCAUAAAUCUCAGAUGCAUUAAUUCAAAUCUGAUUCUCUUUUUAGAGUGUCUCUUUUGACCACCCUCUCUAGUCAUACCUCUCCUUUUCAUGUCCUCAUUUACCACAUCUAUAAAACUCAUGGAUCAACUUCCUCUUUCAAUUUCUGGCUUUCCUAACCUUUGAAUAGAUAAAAUACAAUGCUAUUAAAAUGCAUUUAUUUAAUGAUCAUUACCUACAGGCAGCCCACAAAAUGCAGCAUUAAAUUGUUUGGUGGUUGAUAGUAUUGUAACCUGGGACUGAUUUGAAGGUUAAGGCUGAGAUUUGAUCCUGAGGGUUUAGGAUUAAGCAAGGAAUUGGAAUUCACCCUUAGUCUUGACUUGUCUCAACACUAUUUCAUAGAACAGUUCAGCUUUCUUUCCCCCAGCAUGACUCAUCUUAAAUGUAAAAGUACCUGAAGGUCAGUGUUGUGUGUAUAAAAGUGCAGUAUAAUAUAUUAAUCUACUGUGACACAACAGCACAUUCCUUUUUGGAAAUUUGAAAUUCUUCUUUCUCAAAGAUUUAUGGAGGCAAAUGUGACAGAAUGGCGACUUGAUUCUUCUCCUUGCUGAAAUAAAUCACCAGCAUCACCGUCCAGCUGUGUGCUGAAAGCUUGAAGGUAGAUUGUGCCAGCUUCUUGAGGGUCAUGAUUCUCGUCAGGACGCGUUGAGAGCGAGCGUCCAGUGGAGACCAGAAGACUGCAUGCAGCCGAAAUGAAGCAGCUCAUUGCAAAGGGACGAGGCGUCCUUGCUGUAAAACUGAGACCCAAACCGAGACAAAGCAACUUUUGGUAAUCAGAGCCAAAAGUCCUUUUUGUGCAAUUGAAAAGGUUCCACUUCAAGACAUCUCAUCUGGAUGAUGAUAUUUUUAUACAAAAUAAUCCAUAGGAUAUUGCUGUACCUGAUACUGACUAUGGAAGCGUUAAACUUUGGCCGUUUUGUUUCUGCUGUGUUCUACAAGCAGGUUUCCUUGCAGCAGAUGUUCAGUAAAAUUGGGAGCGCCACAGGGGGCUCACCAGAAAGUUUGUCACCCUGAGAGACUCCCUCCCACUCAGCUGCUCUCACUGCUGAAUACAUACAUUCACUCCACCUACACCAAGUGGAGCCAGUUUGCUUCCGUUUAUUAAAGCCUGCUGAUGUUAAACGAAAGGUGGAGCUGGAUAUAAAUGUUGUCUCACUUAUCUGAAUGCAUCACUUUGCAUGUAAUGAUUAUGAUGUUCACAAUUUUGUGUUCAA